CUUUAAUAUAUGUCGGCGCUGGGCUCUGCAACAUAUUUGCAUUGAGAAAUCAUAUUGAAAAAAUAAUAUUAAAAAUCUUUUGUAGUUUAAUAAAUUUAUAACGUAAUUAAUUAACCAAAUAAUUUAGAACGUAAAUAUGAUGUGAAUAAUAAAUAUAACCAGUGCAUUGAAUUAGUGUUAAGUUGGAAAAAAAUCAAAGAAAAAAUUUUACAAAAUCUGGAAAUAUACAAUUUCUAAAGGCUAACUACCUCCCUCCCAACAGCAAGAGGAAAAGCAAUAGCAGACAGAGGCAAAAAUGCAGGUUUUAAAGCAACAUUCAUAUCGUCGUUUGCAUUUAUUGAUAAAUGUUUUCUUAUACUGCGUCAUUUGGAGUGGUGUGGAGGCCUAUAAUGUUCAGAUCCAAAGUUCGGAUUCUGUUCUAAUUGGAUCGACUAUUAACUUUACAGCCACUUUAUAUGAUGAUGGAAAUAUUGCUUCCAACGCUGAAUAUCGUUAUACAUGGAGAGAUAAUGCAAAUCCCGAACAUUAUGGGGUAUUCUCUUCAACCAAACCCACUAACACCUGGUCCAUAGCAUAUCCUAAAAAUAAAACAAAAUAUGGUCAAUAUAGAGUUCAAGUAACUGUUGAAAAAGAUUAUAUAAUUUGGAUAAAAAUCGCCACAAGUUCGGUGAAUAUUGAGGUGUCCGAUACGUUGGGUGGUCAAAUGCAACUCAUACAAGAUGGUAAUGUGCGGCAAAAAGAAUAUGUUUCCACCAAGGCAAUCGUAAAUCAUUCCAUCGAUUUGCCCGAAGAAGAGAAAAGUUAUCUAAUGGAAAAUGCCACUUAUAUACAAACAUUUUGGUUCCAAAACUGUACAUAUCUGGGAGUAACAGAUGGUCUUAAUUACCAGGCAUCAUACGGCGAACCAGAGCAGGUCUAUGAAAUCGAAGCUUUAGUAGUGGCUUCAUUUGAAAAAUUACCAGAUCCGGUAACAACAACUACUACAACUACUACCACCACCACGACAACUACAACGACUACAACCACUACCACAACAACCCCUAAACCAACUACAUCCACAACUACAACAACAAGUAGCACCACAACUUCCACUACCCCAAAACCAGCAACAAGAACAAAACGUGACACUUUGGCAGCCGAUAAAGAAAUUGCUGAAAUGGCUCAUGCCAAUGCGGCUCUAUUAGGACUUAAUCUCACAGCUGCUUUGCAACAACAAAAUAAAAAUAACAAUUCAUCUGCUUUAAAUAUCUCAUCCGUAUUGGUUAAUCCAAAAUUAAGUUCUAAUGUUAAACACUACAAUCUAUUGCCAGCCACGGCUACACUCUUUGACAACCAACCACCAUUCAAUUGUGUUAAUAAAUCGGUUAUAGCCAGAGAUCCUAUGAAAGUGUAUGGCUAUUAUAAAAGAUUGAUUGUUUCGAAAUCUCCCAUCACCAAUUUCACUGCUGAUGGUAAAAACUGGCUGCAACAUGGUGAUAUUCUUAGUUUAAAUAUAAAAUGCAAAGGUUCAGCUAAAAUCAAAUAUUGUUCUUUGGUUUAUAAUGCACCUUAUAAUGCAACUGGCAAUGAAAGUUGUUCGUAUUAUUACGAUGUUGACGAAUGUGAAUUUAAUUAUUCUCGCUAUUUCUCAGAGAGUAAAACCGUAUUGUUCUUUAUACGCAAUGAUGUUUCAGAGACGGUUAAUCAAGUUACAAUUAAUAUUUAUGAGGCAAAACGCCAAUCGCAGCUUUCGGUCGUUGUGGUGCCUGUUUCCUGCACUUUAGUUGCUAUAAUUUUAGUUGUAUUUGGUGUCUCUUAUUACUUGCAAAGUCGCAAUCGUUUUAAUGUUGAAGUGGCCGAUUUUAACUUUGGUGAAACACAAUCUGUCGAUAUGGAGUAUAAGACAUUCCAUCAACGUUUAAUCGAAAGUAUACGUGAUGUUUUACCCACAAGACGGCAAUUUACACGAUCUAAUUCUGAUUUAGGACCUGAACCUGAUAGUCCUGGCGUUGGCAUCGAUAGUAAUUUGCGUUAUAAUACAAUGAAUUAAUUAGAUAACAAAACACACAAUUGUUGAACAAUUCUUUUGCAAAAUAUUCUUUUUUUUUAUAUAUUCAUAUAUAAAAAAGAAAACAAA